AGACUGGGUUGUCUUGUUAAUAUUAUCACAAUUUAUGUGUGUGUCGUCUUGUGUUAAAUUAAUUAUAAAUUCAAAAAACAAACGAAAGUGCCGUUGGGAAAGAACUGCUAUCCAAACACGUCGACAUGGAGAAGAUAAACAGUCGCAGUUGACGUGUGUACAUCUGAAUUGGGCGUGUAAAUGUCUGAAGAAAACAACUUUGCGUGCCAUCUUUAUUAAAUUAAUUUGUAUUUUAUUGAAGCUACAUUCCUAAGGGAAAAGCUAAUGGUCGUGACAACAUGGACAGUGGCCUGAGUCCCCAGGAUAAAAAAGACUUGGACAAGUUCAUUAAGUUCUUUGCCUUGAAGACCGUCCAGGUGAUUGUCCAAGCUCGUCUUGGAGAGAAGAUAUGCACUCGCUCGUCCUCAUCGCCUACUGGCUCUGAUUGGUUUAAUUUGGCCAUCAAAGAUAUCCCAGAGGUGACUCAUGAAGCCAAGAAGGCACUGGCUGGCCAACUUCCAGGCAUUGGACGCUCUAUGUGUGUUGAGAUCUCCCUGAAGACAUCAGAGGGUGACUCAAUGGAGUUAGAGACCUGGUGCCUGGAGAUGAAUGAAAAGUGUGACAAGGACAUCAAGGUUUCAUAUACAGUCUACAAUCGUCUGUCUGUCCUUCUGAAGUCACUGUUGGCCAUCACCAGAGUAACACCUGCUUAUAAACUGUCUAGAAAGCAAGGACACGACUAUGUCAUAUUAUACAGGAUUUACUUCGGGGAAGUGCAGCUGAGUGGAUUAGGAGAAGGUUUUCAGACGGUGCGUGUUGGUGUCGUUGGCACCCCCGUUGGCACAAUCACACUUUCAUGUGCUUACCGCAUCAACCUGGCAUUCAUGUCCAACAGACAGUUUGAGCGGUCAGCUCCAAUCAUGGGGAUCAUCGUGGAUCACUUUGUGGACCCUCCCUGCAGCAGUCAGCGUGCAAACAUGGGACAUCCCUGCAACUACAGAGCUCCAGAUGAUGAGGAUGGAUAUGCAGGGGUUCAGGAUUCACAGGAGGUCUGCACCACCUCCUUCUCCACCUCCCCCCCCUCACAGUGUGUGUGUACACUGAGUCCUUCGCCCUCUAAACUGUCUAAGCCCCUCCCUCUGGACAGUCUGCCGCUUCCAUUGGCUCCUGGACUUGUCACUCACACUCUGUAUGCUUCCAGAUUAUCAUAUCAUCAUCCAGCUCAAGCAGGAGCUGCUGAGCUUUGUCACCCUGCUGCAAACCAGGGUUUGCAUGCUGGGAAGGAGCAUGGGGGGGUUGUGUUGGUUCCCCAGCCUCCUCAUGGAGCUGACGCUCAUCUGACAGUAGAGCACGCCGCCAACACACCUGGCAGCAGCGGCGACGAUGACGGCCUGACGCACAGUGGAGAAAGGAGGAGGGACGAAGGGCGGAGCGUUUCUCCCUCUGACCCCGUGGAGUCUCUCAACGCAUUCACACGGAAAAUCGGAGCUUUUGUCAACAAAUCCAACGCACCGAUAACAGCAGCCAAUCUGGACCUGCCAUUCGCUGCAUUUGCACCUCGAGGCCUGGACUCAGAGGAGAAUGAUCCCAUGGUGCAGCCUCCGGACUCUCCUACUUGCCCAUCCCCCCUGCAGGCCAGCCUCCAUUCUCAGGGCUCAGAAGGAUCGGGGCAGCAGGAUGACUUUGUCAUGGUUGACUUUCGUCCAGCCUUCUCUAAAGAUGACUUGUUGCCGAUGGAUCUGGGCACUUUCUACAGAGAGUUUCAAAACCCUCCUCAACUAGCCAGCCUCUCGCUACACGUCAGCUCCCAGUCCAUGGCCGAUGACUUGGACUCACUGCCAGAGAAAUUGGCCGUUUAUGAGAAAAACAUUGACGAGUUUGAUGCUUUUGUGGACAUGCUCCAAUAGAAGAGUGAAGAAAGGAGGACUAUAUGUGAGAAAAGACUAAAUGGAUGGUGGCAAAUGAAACUGAAAAAAAAAGAAUGGGAGGGAGGGAGAAGCAGACUGGAGGCUCUGUUGUCCUGUGAGAAUCACUGACUAAAUCACUGUAUUUUAAUGUGAAUCUCCUCAUUUGACUUUAUUCUGUUACCUUCCCUGCAGACACGUUCACCUCGCUUACCAGCUUGUACAGAUCACUGUAAAUAUUGUAUUAUCUCCUGACACUGGCAUACACCCCGCUUUGGUAAUGUUAAUUUAAACUAAAAAUCUUUAUUUUCUAUGUGGCACAAAUUGGCUCGUCGUCGUGUUUAAUCAGGACUCCGAUGAAUUUUCACUUAAAGUGCUCAUAUUAUGCUUUGUCCCUUUCCUUUGUGUCAUAUAGCUUUGAGCACGUUAGGGGUUUACAAAGUAAAAAAAGUCCACCCCAAAACAACUUACCAGAGAAAACACUGUCCACAUACUGCUCUAUUGCCUUUACUUCCGUACGCCACUUAGUAGCACACGUUAUAAUGCUCUCCUAGCUGCUAGCGUGGCGCGCCCUCACAUUCAGCAGCUGACUAGCUACUGUGUAUGUGCGACUCCCAACAAAGAUGGAACAGAAGUAAGAUGCCUUACGCUAAAAGAGAGCUCAACACACUGGGUGAAAAGGAGCUGCAGUCAUGUGCAGUACAACAAAAACAUGGUGUUUUUUGAAAAUUAAACCACAAAGCUAUUCUGGUGCAACCUUUAAAUACAAUUGAACCUGAAAAUGAGCAUAAUGAGCACUUUAAGGCAGCCAUGCAAUUCAAGAGUAGACUACCGGCACUGAUAGUUUUUGUUAAACUAGCUCACCAUUGUUGAUCGACCCUCCCCCCCCGUUGAACACUACUAGCCUCCGAAGGUUUUCACUUCAUAACCUUUCUGAUCCUAUCUGAACAAAAAAAAGUGAAAACUCUGCAAUGUUGCUCUUGAAAUCAAACAUGUGAAAGGCUUUUACAUCAAAUACAUUGCACUUAGAUAUUAGGCCUUAAGUGAAUUAAAUGUUCUGCUUUUUGUUUGACUUCUUGUAUCAGAAGCAGUUGAGUUGCUCAAAGGCAACUUUAAAAGCCUGCCAUUUACCCUAACCCGGUGUUCCCAGCUGGUCUGGGGAUUUAAACUGCCAACUUCAAUGUUCACGAAAGCCCCAAAUGAAAAAGUUAAUUAAAUGCUAUCCUUACGUGUACAGGUAAACACAUUUAACCAUGUUGAAGCAACUUGUUGUGAACAAUCUUCUGUUGCCAGUUAAUAGUAAUAGACUGCAUUAGUUUUAGCUACUUAGCAACUGAAUGCAUUUACUAUAGGCUGUACAACAUGCGUAUGUACUGUAUAUUUUAGGUUCUCUCUAAAGAGGAAAUGCACAUUUCCAGCAAUUUACAGAAGGGGCCAGGGUCACCAUCCAUGACUGGGUUUUAUUGGAAGCUUUAAUUUAAACUUUUUUGGUCUCAAUGUCCUAAUAAAGCAUGGCUGCUCUGUUGAAACAA